ACCUAGAGUUUAAAGAGUUUUGGUCUUCGGAAAAAUGGUCGGUAUAUAAACAACUAUGUGGGUUAAGGCGUUUUACUCUUGUGGCUACAACUCUGGGGCGGUGAGAAAGUGCUACUGAAUGCUCGUCCCUUGCUUCGAUCCUCCCGUGUGUGCUACUCCUGCCUGGAUGUGAGUACUAGUGCUUCCUGGAGAAGGGAAACACAUAUCAUCCCAAAAUGAAAAGAGGCCCUUUCAAGGAAGAGCUUCAUUUGGAGCCUGAAUUCAAACCAUUGGUGGUGAUAGAGCUUGUGAAGGACGUUAAGGAGGAAACCAAAAAAUGGCUUGUUAAGAAAAUUGCAGACAAAAAGAAAGAUGGAGGUGCUCAGCUGCUUAUCAAACCACUGGUGAUAUCAGAAGAGGAGGAAAACAUCUAUGUUGUCGGAGCCUCUACAAGACGACUCCUCAUCGGAGCAGAGGCUGCAGGUUUUGUUAAAGAAAGUCUGGAUGGUUCUAUGAGACCUUUCAUAUACAGCAACCGGACAGAGUACAAAAACUUUCUGGGAGAUGGAGAGGAUUUUCUUUCCAUGUCCGAAUGUCAAUAUAUCAUUAAACACGAGCUGGACAAUCUUCGAGCGCAAGAUGAAACAAAUAUCCCCGGUUAUCCACAGUCAAAGCUUUACCCUGGGAAAUCAUUAGUCCGAAGAAUGGAGACCAGUGGUAUAUUAAUUCAGGUGUUUCCACUUCAUGACCAAGAAAACUUGAAGCGACUUUCUUUACAGUGGUACUGCCAAAUCAAGAUUGGCUUCCAGCCUAUAGAUGACAUCCGACGUUACUUUGGAGAUCCUAUCGGAAUAUACUUUGGUUUUUUAGAAUACUUCACUCUGGCUUUAAUUCCAAUGGCUAUUCUUGGUAUACCCUAUUACUUUUUCGCCUGGGAGGACUAUGACAAAUAUGUGAUCUUUGCUACAUUCAACCUGGUAUGGUCCACUGUUAUCCUUGAGGUCUGGAAGCGCUACAACUCCACCAUGACCUACCGAUGGGGCGCACUCGUUAUGAAGAGGAAGUUUGAGGAACCCAGACCUGGCUUUCAUGGUGUAUUGGGCAUUAAUCCUGUUACAGGGAAAAAGGAACCUACCUACUCCAGCAUGAAGAGACAGUUGCGGAUGUAUCUUGUUUCUGUACCAUUUGUGUGCCUUAGCCUGUACUUCUCCAUUUAUGUCAUGAUGAUUUACUUUGACUUGGAAGAGUGGGCCCAUAAGUACAAUAUGGAGCAGCAAUCAAGUUUUAGCAGUCUUAUGCUGUUUGUUCCAAGUAUCAUUUAUGCAGUUGUGAUAGAGAUCAUGAAUCGUAUAUACAGAUAUGCUGCCGAAUUCCUAACAAAAUAUGAAAAUCAUAGACUAGAGUCAUCAUAUCAGAACCACCUUGUGCUGAAAGUCUUAGUGUUCAAUAGCGUAAAUUGCUUUGCAUCACUGUUCUACAUAGCCUUUGUCAUGUGCGAUUUAAAACUGUUACGCCAGAGUUUGGCAACACUUCUUAUCACCUCUCAGAUCCUUAACCAGAUUGUGGAGGCUGGCCUUCCUUACUGGAUGCAGAAGAGACACAAUAAACAAAUAACAAAGAAAGUCAAAACAUUAAAGGUGGACACAGAAUUCACAUUAUUGGAGCAAAUUCACCUGGAAAAGGAAAUGAAUGUGUAUCUAGGAACAUUUGAUGAUUAUUUGGAGUUAUUCUUGCUGUUUGGCUAUGUCAGUCUGUUCUCGUGUGUAUAUCCACUUGCAGCCAUUUUUGCUGUCCUUAACAAUGUGACUGAACUAUACUCGGAUGCAUUAAAAAUGUGCUGCGUUUUCAAGCGUCCAUUUUCUGAACCUUCUGCCAGCAUUGGAGUAUGGAUGUUGGCAUUUGAAACCAUGGGAAUUAUAGCAGUAGUCACCAACUGUGCUCUACUCGGGAUGUCUCCACAAGUCAAGUCUAUGUUCCAAGAUUCAAAUUUAGACCUGUUCUUGAUGGUGGCAGCAAUAGAGCACGCUCUACUAGCUCUGAAGUUUAUUUUGGCAUUUGUGAUUCCUGACAAACCAUAUGACAUCCAGAUAAAAUUAGCCAAGCUGGAAUUUGAAUCCAUGGAAGCUCUGAAGCAGAAACAGCAAAUGAAGCUGUCUUUUGAAUCACUCACUGAAGACGCCAUAGACUCUUGAAGAAACGCAUCUUUCAUGGUGGAGGAUUAAAAAAAAAAUAUCUAUUUAAAAAAUCUUGCAGUAAAAUGUUCUCUUUUACCUACACCAAAGCACUGCUUGGCUUCUCAGGUUUAAAAGUUUUACUUUAUUUACUGUAUUGCUUCUAUUAUUGUGUAUCUGUAUUAACUGGUGCCUGCAUGUUGUUUCUGUGUAUUUUGCUUUGUGUGUAGUGUACGGGAUGUAGUUACUAUCCUGGCAGUCGGAUCCCGGCGGUCAGAAUACCGAUGCCGGGAUCCCGACCGCCGAGAAUGCCAACAGCGGCGCCAAGGCUAUUCCCACACGUGGGUGUCCACGACACCAACAGAGUGGGAAAUAGAACCUUUGGCGAGCACAGCGAGCGACCUAGACCCAGCGUGGCUAGAAAUGCGAGCCCGCAAAAUGGCUUUCUAGCGCUCGCGCCGCUGCUGGGAUCCCGUGGUCUGUAUUUUGACCUCCAGGAUCCCGACCGCCGGCAUUACAAUCCCAACCCUAGUAUACAAUGUGCCUCGAUCAACAAUAUUCUGCAGUUCCACUGGCUGGCAGAUUAUUGUAUGAAGUACAGCUCAACAAAAGCCUGGGUGCAGAAGUACAAUGCGGAUAGUCUGUCUGUCCUUAUAGCUGAGCUUAGAUUGGUUACAUGUGUGUGUAUAUACAGCAGAUUUAUAUGCAGGUCUGUAGUUACAAUUGAUUUGAUUUUACAAAAGGCUAUGAUGAUCAUGUGUACAAUAACACUACACCAGCUCACCCAAAGUUUACCCUUCAGAAUCACUGAGAAAUAUUAAACUGUUAUGAAAUAUAAAUUAUGUAACAUUCAUGAAAGUGCAAUAGGUUCUAUUAAUUAAUAUUGUUCCAAUGAUACAAUAAUGUUUUACAAGGGAAUGUUGGUAAACCAUCUGUCGCCCACAUUGAUAAAAGUGGAAUAAAGAUAAAUAAUGUUACAAAGUACCAGUCAGUAUUUUGUAUAUCGAAUUCUGAUACACAGCUUCAUAUUUUCUUCUGAUUAUAUCUUAUUUCUGUCAUUUGUAAGUCAAAAGCAAAAAGCAAAAAAAAAUGAUUGUAAUGUUUACAGAGACAAAAAGCAUCUCCAAAGUGACCGUCACGAUAUUGAAGUUCUUUUGACAAUCUCCGUUUCUCAGGUGGUUUACCUUUCUAUGACAUAACAAUCGUGUUAAGAUUAUUUGUUGUUCCUUUGCAAGAUGAGUCUUACGAUUGUGUUUUUACAUCCUCAUUUUUUUAUAAUAUGUACAUCCAGUAUCUCUUUUCAUUUUAUGAGGGACACACCAAUUCCAUAAGCUAGAAUUUGGCUUUUAAUAAAAGAUUGUGCCAGAUCAGAGUCGUAACGAGAGGUAUGUAAACCAUGUCGCUACCCAGGGCGCCAGGCCACAUAAUAGCUGCCUUGAGGACAACCAAUGCCAGCUGGCAGGGUGCCUGGUGUAGCACCCUGCCACACAGAAAGGCGCAGGGUUCCUCCCUCAGAAGUGCCCUUCUUGUGCCCGCUGUGGUGGGGCUCCCUACUACCAACAAGCAGGGAAUAAAUAUAGCUAAGAGGUGAAUAUUUGCAACUGGGCACAGUAUGUGAUGCAAAAGCAAUUUAUUUUAUUUAUUGUUUGCAUCCAGGGAAAACAUUGCUUUAGCAUGUAGCAAAUAAACCCUGUGCAUGUUUAUUUUUACAUUGCGAUUUAGAGUUGACCUAGGACGUUCUCCCUCCAUGCUCUAAAUCUGUCUGCACAUUGCAGAUUUCCCUGCCUGUACUGUAGCUCAACAUGUAAUUGCCAGGUUGGAAAUGAUUACCCUCUAGCUGGAUUUACUCCAACUGUAAAAGUGGAGCUAAAUGUACCAGAAACCAGGGUUUGGAUUUGGAUUCGUAUAUCUCUUAUCAUCAGGUAGCAAAGGUUAUUAAUGCAAGCUUCUCUGAUUGUAUGGUAGUUAAAGUGAAAGGAAGUAAAUAGUCACUACAUACUCAACAAACUAUUCCUGAGAACUCAGGCUGCUAUUAGGUGGAUUUUAUACAAUAGCAGUUACACAGUAGUAAGGAAAAGAAACGUCCAUCAAGUUUAGAUCUAGAAGUCAGAAGUCUGUAAGACAGUUGUCAUUUUAGGGAAGGAUGUAUCAAAUCUUCUAAAGCGGACAAGUGGAGAAGUUGCCCGUAACAACCAAUCAGGUUCUACAAUAGCUAUCAUUUAGUACUUCUAUAAAAUGUUAGCUAGAAGCUGAUUGGUCACCUGUCCUCUUUAGAAGAUUUUGAUACAUCUCCUCCUUACUUUCAGAUGGUGGAUCAACCUUGUGAUAAUCAGAUAAAUUCCCUGGAUAAGUCACUCCAAUAAUGUCUACUAUUAAGUAUAUCUCUAGAUAUAAUUUCUUGUAAGAAAGGAAACAAAUCCAUGGUCAUUAUUAGAGAUUCUGCCAUCACCUUGUCAUGGAUAAUAAAUCCACAGUGUAACUCCCCAUUUGCCCCUUACAGUGCUUCCUGUAUCUUUCUAUAUUGCAUUGAGAAUUAAUGAUGCUGGACAUUGCUUCAUGCAGACUGCCUGCCGGCUGAUGAGGAGAUGUACAUGUUGAGACAGGCACUGUGUGUUAUAUCUCUGUGUUUGCUGAUGUCAUUUCAUAAAAAUAAACCAUUCUCUGUG